AUGCCGGUGUCACAGUGCUCGCCUACAGACCAGGCGUGCCUCUGCUCUGACACAGGGUUCGAGAACUUUGUGAACUUGUGUGUGAAGGCCAGCUGCUCCGUGAUAGAGUCUCUCGCCGUCAGAAAUGUCACCUCGACCACGUGUGGCUUGCCAGUCAGGAACGAGACGAUCAUCAUCAAUGUCCUCAGAUACAUCCUGUUCUUCGUGGGGCUGUUGUUCUUCGCCAUGCGAUUAGCAUCCAGGGCUCUAAGACUUGCCCCGUGGGGCCACGACGACACGACGAUCGUGAUGUCCGGGGUCCUCACAGGCGGCUGGCUCGCCGGGAGCAUCCUCGAGGAGCGCAACGGCCUGGGCCGGGACAUCUGGACGCUGGAGCCGUGGCAGAUCACCGAGUUCCUCAAGGUCUUCUUCGUCUUCGAGGUGCUCUACACGCUGACGCUGGGGCUGAUCAAGACGUCGAUCCUGUUCCUGUACCUGCGCAUCUUCCCGGACGAGAAGAUCCGCCUCGCCGUGUGGGCGACGCAGGUCUUUAAUCUGCUGCUGGUGGGCAGCUUCCUCCUCGCCGACUUCCUGCAGUGCCGACCCGUCAGCUUCUUCUGGGAGUCCUGGGACGGCCUGCACGCGGGGGGCAGCUGCUUCAACAUCAACGCGCUCGCGUGGGCGCACUCGGCCAUCAACAUCGCGCUCGACUUUUGGAUGCUCGUCAUCCCGGCCACGCAGGUGUGGAGCCUGACGAUGCAGGUCAAGAAGAAGGUUGUGGUUUUUUUCAUGUUUGGCAUUGGAAUCUUCCUGACCCUGGCGAGCAUCGCCCGCAUACAGACGCUGGUGCGCUUCGCCAACACGGAGAACCCGACCAGAGACUACUUCGCAACAGUGACCUGGUCAUACAUAGAGAUCACCGUCGGGGUCAUGGUGGCCUGCAUGCCGGGCGCCAAGAUGUUCCUCAUCAGGUACCUCAGCGGCGGGUCUGGCAACGGCAUGCAGCAGCAGUACCCGGGCGGGCUGGGCGGUCGUCGGAGCAUUGACAAGUACCCGAUCACAAUGUUGACGGCGUCGGAUCGGGAUGCGGACGCGUGGUCUCAGGUGGAACUGGAGACCAUUCCGGUGGAGGACGACCGCAGGGGUGAGCGGAAACGUUACUACGAGGCAGUCUAG